UGAUACUGUUAUGCUUCUGACUUGAUGGAUCCAAAUUUCUCUCUGUGUGUGUGAAGUCUCUGUCCAUAUAUAUAUAUAUAUAUAUAUAUACAUAUAUGAAAUAGUAGUGGUGUCAGAAAUAAAUGAAAGGAGGUCAUGAAAAGAGCAAUAAAUAAAAUAUUCCAUUGAAAAUCAAUCAUUCAAUAUCCUCGUCCUUGUUGUUGAACAACAUUUGCAUCAUUUAUAGAUUAGCAAAGAUGAGAAUCCUCUCAAAAUAGAACCAUUCAAUGCCCCUCUGAGUAAUCCUGUGGAGUGUGUGUUGAAGGUGUUUGUGUGUGAUGGGCAGAGCUCCAUGCUGUGAGAAGAAGGGUUUGAAGAAGGGGCCUUGGACUCCUGAGGAAGAUGACAAGCUGGUUGACUACAUUGACAAGCAUGGCCAUGGCAGCUGGAGAUCCCUCCCCAAGCUUGCAGGUCUUCUCCGUUGCGGGAAGAGCUGCCGUCUGCGCUGGACGAAUUAUCUUCGUCCAGACAUAAAACGGGGCCCGUUUACGGGCGACGAGGAGAAGCUCGUGAUCCAGCUCCACGCCGUCCUCGGCAACAGGUGGGCGGCGAUCGCGUCCCAGCUCCCGGGCCGGACGGACAACGAGAUCAAGAACUUGUGGAACACGCAUCUGAAGAAGCGGCUGCUGCUGAUGGGGAUCGACCCCGGGACUCACGAGCCCUCUCCCUCGUCGGCGCUCGUGAGCCGGCCCCCCUCGGCCCCCUCCACGCGCCACAUGGCGCAGUGGGAGGGGGCCAGGCUGGAGGCGGAGGCGCGUCUCUCCAGGGAGUCGCUCCUCUGCUUCCCCCCAGCGGCGCCCGGCUCGGAGGAGGGGGGCGGGGACCACUUCCUCCGCCUGUGGAACUCCGAGGUUGGGGAGACGUUCAGGAGGAUGAACAUCAAGAACCAACCCCGGAGCCCGUCCUCCUCCGCCUCGACCAGGUGCCGCUCGUUCUCGGGCACGACCACCGAGGUCGAGCUCAAGGCGGCGGACGCGCUGGCCAAAUCUACGAGCUCGAACGAGACGGAGGAUUCCUCGGAAUCUACGCUGCAGCUGCUGCUGGAUCUUCCAAACAACAAUGACAUGAGCUUCUUGGGAGAUCCUGAUUGCUACACCUUGUAUCCAGAUUUUAGCACUGAUAGUUUGUUCCAUUCCUCCCCUCAAGAACACAGAGAUGGCUUCGUCUAGAGACGAAAAUCGUGUUUCGCAUUAUAGUAAUGCGAAACGCGAGAUGUAAUAGGAGAGUGUAGGAAGAUUCAAAGAGACAAGCAAUGUUGCAAACUUCCAGUGGUAUUUAUUCAAGACAAUUGUUUUGUUGUUACAA